ACGGUGGUGUGGGUUCGGCGGGGCGGUUAUGGCAGCGCUCAACGGUGCUGUGGAGAACGGGCAGCCUGACAAAAAGGGGCCGCCGCUGCCGCGGCCUCUGAGGGGUUUGGAGGUGAAAUACACCAAGAUAUUUAUAAACAAUGAAUGGCAUGAGUCUACCAGUGGAAAGAAGUUCCCUACCUACAAUCCCUCGACGCUGGAGAAAAUUUGUGAUAUUGAGGAAGGAGACAAGCCUGAUGUGGAUAAUGCUGUGGAAGCAGCAAAAGCAGCAUUCCAGAGGGGGUCUCAGUGGAGACAGAUGGAUGCCUUAAGCAGAGGACAGCUCCUACACAAGCUGGCUGAUCUUCUAGAGCGAGACAGAGUCAUCCUGGCAACUUUGGAAACAAUGGACACAGGAAAACCUUUUCUGCAGGCUUAUUUCAUUGAUCUGGAAGGUUGUAUAAAGACACUCCGAUAUUAUGCUGGAUGGGCUGAUAAAAUCCAGGGCAGGACUAUCCCUGUGGAUGAAAACUUUGUCUGUUUCACCAGGCAUGAACCGAUGGGUGUUUGUGGAGCUAUAACUCCAUGGAACUUCCCAUUGCUGAUGCUGGUUUGGAAGAUGGCACCGGCGCUGUGCUGUGGAAACACUUUGGUUAUUAAGCCAGCUGAACAAACUCCUCUAACAUCACUGUACAUUGGCUCGCUGAUUAAGGAGGUGGGUUUCCCUCCAGGUGUGGUGAACAUUGUGCCAGGCUAUGGCCCCACAGCUGGAGCAGCCAUCUCUACCCAUCAGAGCAUUGAUAAAAUUGCUUUUACUGGAUCGACAAAGGUUGGAAAACUGAUCAAGGAAGCUGCUUCUAAAAGCAACCUGAAAAGGGUGACAUUAGAACUCGGAGGAAAAAACCCCUGCAUUGUGUGUGCAGAUGCAGACUUGGACCUGGCAGUGGAAUGUGCCCAUCAAGGUGUGUUCUUCAAUCAAGGGCAGUGCUGCACAGCUGCCUCACGAGUGUUUGUGGAAGAGCAGAUAUACCCAGAGUUUGUCAAGCGCAGCGUGGAGUAUGCCAAGAAGAGACUUGUUGGAGACCCCUUUGAUGCCAGAACUGAGCAAGGGCCCCAGAUUGACCAAAAACAGUUUGAUAAGAUCCUGGAGCUGAUUGAAAGUGGGAAGAAAGAAGGGGCAAAGCUGGAGUGUGGUGGUCUUGCCAUUGAAGACAGAGGCCUGUUUAUAAAACCCACCGUGUUCUCAGAGGUCACUGACAACAUGCGUAUUGCCAAAGAAGAGAUUUUUGGGCCAGUUCAGCCUAUUAUGAAGUUCAAGAGUAUAGAAGAGGUCAUAAGAAGAGCCAACAGUACAGAGUAUGGACUCACAGCUGCAGUGUUCACGAAGAAUCUGGACAGAGCAUUAACAUUAGCUUCUGCUCUGCAGUCGGGAACUGUCUGGAUCAACUGUUACAAUGCUCUGUAUGCACAGGCUCCUUUUGGUGGCUUUAAAAUGUCAGGAAAUGGCAGAGAACUUGGUGAAUAUGCUUUGGCAGAAUAUACUGAGGUGAAAACAGUCACCAUUAAACUGUCCCAGAAGAGUCCAUGAAAACAGGAGGCCUAAAAAUGCUGACAUUCUGAAUGUGACACACUGGGGACGUGUUCAGAGCAGGUGGGAGGGGAGGGGUAAGAAAGAAAAUGGAAAUGCCUAACUUUAUUCCUCUAGAAUCACUGAAUUUACUGGACUCCAUUUUUUCAACUGGCUCUCUGAAAACUGAUUUAACUGACCCUACUGGCAGCAGAGCACACUUGUGCUGUACAAUCCCUGUCUUAACACUCAUCUGCUACCUGUGUCUAAAAUACUCCCCAGUCACAGUGUUAGCAGGACAUCUGCUUUCAAACUGUACCCCUAAAGGAUCUGAACAUCAUUGGCAUGUUAAAGAGACUUCUGGUACCAUUAGCAAUUAGUUGACUGUUAAACUUCUUCAGAUGCACUUGGAUUUCACUUGGUAUAAAUGGACUUGUGUGAUAAGGCUAAUACAACUGACAUUGAUGGAGUCUGUGUGAAGACUGCAGCUGGAGUUUUAGAUGGGAGUGCAAGCUUUCAUGGAAAGAUCUGUAAAGAAAUGGUUUUUGAAAGAGCUAUCUUGGUCUCUCUAAUUAUACAUGCAUCUUCCACGCUGGUGAUAUUCUAGCCCUGAAUGACAUUGGUGGGAGUUACUUAGAGGACUCCUUUGGGGCCAGCAUGUCUUUUGACAGAGCUAGACUUCCACGUGUCCUCUGAAGCUGAUGUUUUGGUGUGCACACAUCAUACAUGCUGUAAAUGCAAGUUACACACUUGCUAGCUCUUCUGGCUCCCACUGAGUCACAAUUGUAUCUCAUACCUUCACUGUAGCACUUUUUGCAAGAGGAUUUUGCACUGUACUUACCAUGAUGAUGCAAAGUUGAAUUCUAAACACGUUGCAUGGUAGAUACCCCAUGGAAAACACCCCAUGCCACUCCUGAGAGGGAGCAGGAGAGCUGCAGGAGGCUGUCCUCCUCUCUCUUUUGCUGUAACUGUGUGAACAUCUCUUCAUUUUUUGAGCCAGAGCUCAUUGUGAGAGUAUGAGUUCUUCUCACUGCUUCUUCAUCCCUUGUGAAUGUAGCUUAAAAUGGAUUUCUGGAAGUACAGUAUAAAAAGGCAGGUGCUCCUAAGCUCAUACUGAAUGUUAAGCAUGUAGGUGUACAGAUGAGUUAGCUGGAAUGAGUUUUGGCUGGACGUAAAUGUGUCAGCACUUUGCAGUACAUGUUGUCAUUCUGCAGCUGUUCCUUCACUGAGGAAUGAACUGCCAUGAGCUGUCUGUGGCUUACAGUUGUGUAGGCAUGCACUCCCAUGAACAGCAUCCAUGGAGUGGCUGUCACACCAAGUUCAUGCCUUAGAAUCUCCUGCAGUCGUUUCUUUGCAUGCCCAGAUGUUGCUUACUACAAGGUUAAUGAAAAGCCACCUGCUGUCCUCAGUUCCUGGCUUCAUUACUUUCCUGAUUGUGUACUGGAGAACCACUUACAAAUAUAUGAGAAGCUCCAUGUCUGCAGGAGCUGCAAGAAAGCAGGAUUUAGUGGUGUCAGCUGGUUAGGAAGUUCAUCUGAUCUUGCUAGGCUCAUCCUCUGAAAGCAAAGCGAUGCAGACUCCUUAUGGAACGUGGGCAGUUCUCCAUUGAGCACUGGUGAAGACUCGCUUGGGGUUUUUCUGGAUGUCAGGGCUUGAAGCAGAAAUGAAGGUCUAACUUCUCUUCUGUGAUCUUAAGCAAGAUCUUAACCAGCAACUUCUGUGAUCAGAGAGAUAGCUGUCAGUAUCGAGUUCAGUUGCAUGAGUGGAUGUUUAUCAGAAGGAGGAAGGAAGGUGGGCGAUGGUAAGUUAAGGAAAAAGUUUGCAUGAGCCUAAACUUCCUUAUUAGUUUGCACUUCAACACUGCUUAAUUACUUAAACGACAUACCUCCAACAGCUGUGUACAUCUGAGUGCCUGUCCUCCCAUGGCGGUGGGAGGUGGGCACAUCUCCCCAUCCAACAAAGGAAGUGUCCUCCCUUACCCCACAAAAGGCCAAAUGGGAACAUUGUAAAUAAGCUUCUAUUUUUGUAAUACACUUAAAGCUCAAACGUCUUCUCAGACAAACGUUUUACUUUUGCCUACCAGAUGAUUUACUGGGGCUGCAGUCGGGCAGGAUGGAGGUAAGGCAAACAGUAAAAGGCUGGUUAUCCUGAUGUAUCUCUGUAUUCACUUUUGAUUAACAGUGGUCAAUACUGAAAUCAUUUGAAGUUCUUACAAUCCUAAUAUUUUGGCUUUAUAUGUAUAAUAUAUAUUUCAACUUCUUUUUUUUCCCAUAUCAAGUUUUUUAAGUCAGUGUAUCUCGUAUUGUAUAAAUCAGGGUUUGACUCUACACACUGAAUUUUCUAAAUUAUAUUACACUAGACACUAACUUUAAAACAACCCCUUAGAGGGUAUAUAUUCUUUCAUUGCACAGUAAGGCUUUCAUGAAAUACUACUUUAUAAAAAAAAGAAAAAAAAAACAAACUAUAUUUAUAAAUUAGGAUACAGUUAAUCUAAUGUAUUUUUAUAACCAAGGGCACAUGAAAAUGCUAUGUUUAAACUUCUUGUAUAUAUUUAGACUAUGGGCAUCUUUUUGUAAUAGUUCUUGUUCCUAAUAAAUGUUUGACUUUGUGAAGUA